AUGGGGUUUGUUGAGGCACUUGUGAAUGAGAUCAACCCUGAAAUCCCGGGGGUGGACGAGGAAAUAAGGGCAACGAGGGGUGGGGAGGGUGCACAACCAAAAGAAAACAAGUCUGUGGCUGCCCGCAUGACACCAACGGCGGGGAUUGGCUUUGCGCAGAAAACGGGUGGCGACAACGGUGGUGAGUUCGUUGAGGAGGAUUCUGACGGUGGUGAAGAAGUGAGGACGGCACACAAACAGCCCCAAUCUGUUGACUCCGUUGAAACAUCAAAUAUGAAGUUUCCAAAGCCUAUGGAGGCGGUUGGAAAAGUUGCUCCUCCCAAGGCGGGUGGUGAGGCAAGUGUUAAGGAGAUCAACGCUGAAUUACAGGGGACGGAGGACGAAGAGAGAUAUGACAGUUGUAAAGACGACAUGUCCACUGAUAGCCAGAUACAAGAGAACCCACGUGAUCUGUGUGGUGAAACGGAUGCGGACUCUGAAGAUGUGGGCAGUGGUGGUAAACGGCAUCGCAUGAGAUCCAGCAAGAUUUCAGGGGUGUACACCCCUGACCCAAGGGUGAAAAAGUUGUCUAAGAGCGAGGAGAAGGUUGAGUAUAAGCCCAUUGCCAAAACGAAUCGAACACAGUUUAAGAAGUUUGCCGAAAUUUUGAGGGAAAACCCCGAGCAGAUGUGGGAUAUCGCUACCGGUCACUCUGUGUGUGAUCACUUCUUCCUUGAAAUUGCUGAACCGGGGAAAUGGAUGUCUGACGAGCACAUGCAUGUGAUAAUGAACAUUUUGUGGAGGCGUCGCGGGAUUUAUCUACAGAAGGAGAGGAUGGUGAUCUUGGAUCAGUACUUUAUAAAAAUCAUUCAGUCAAACUGGAGUGCCUUUAGCGCAGACAAUGAUAAGCUGCAGUUCGAAUGGGGGAAAAACGUAGCACAGUAUGUGACAGGAAAGAGCAAGGGGCAGAAAAUGAAGUUGGGACUUGGCCGCGAUGUCGACACCGUGUACACCCCGAUGAAUUGGGGUGGAGAUCACUGGGUUGGUCUCUGCAUUAAGCUGACUGAAGGUCAUGUGACGGUAUUUGAUUACUAUGUUCCUCAUACUGAGAUCGAGGUUGCGGAAGGACAUAUGUGUUCGGUUGUACAGUCGUUGCCUUAUAUAUUAGAAAAAUAUGCGGGGCAUAAAUGCUAUAAGGUGAAGGAAGGUCUUCGAAUUUACUCUUGGAGCCGCGCAGAAGGCAUUUAUCACAACAAAAGGGGUGGCGACUGUGGGCCAUGUGCUGCCAAGUUCAUAGAGAUGCAUGCUGCCGGCUUAACGGAGGAAAUGAGUCGGAUUACCGACAAAGAUGUUGACAGAUUUCGAGAGCAGUAUGCAAUGGACUGCUAUGAAGAAUUCGUGGGCGAUGCUAAAGUAAACAAUGAGUAA